CUCCGCACAUUGGCGCGAGAGUUUGUUUUGCAACAUCAUUGUUUUGCUUCUCUCUUGACUUCGUUCUGUGGAAAAGUUUGUCUGGUCGUUAUUUUUAGUUUAAAUUAUAGUGUCUGCUAAAACAAUAGACUUCUUAUAACGUUAAGUUUGUCUGGUGAUUUGGGACAAAGUCCAACGUUUUGAACAUGAUGCGCAAAAAGCGACACUCCUCUGUGGAAAAAGUAGCGGGAACAACUGCCGCCACAAAGGCAAAGAAGAGUCGCAACACUAAGGACGCUGCUUCAGAGGAAGCAAGUGAAAGCGCUUUUGUCACUUUUGUAAAAAAAGCCGGUGUCGGGUUGAAACAUAAUGGCGCAUCGCAUGAGAUCGCUGUUGAUCAGGUGGUUUUCCAGAAGCGAAUACAGCAGCAGCUGCAGAAAAGCCCCAGAUACCCUGAUAUCCUGAAGGAGUUUAUAACGGAUUUGGAGGCUUACAUUGAGAACCCGGACAGGUUCAGGAACUGCCUUCUUCCAUGUAUCCCACAACUAUCUGAAGGAGACAUGAGAUCUGUCAGCUCAUUCCAGGAAAGCCUCAUCAGAAUGUUAUUGGGGAUCGAAAUGCUGCAGACUUUGAUAAUCAGCACCUUACUUGAGAAACUCCCUGAAUUUAUGUUCGAUGGCACUGUGGACGGAGGACUCAAUAUUCCUCGUAUGAUUAUUAACCAGCUGAAAUGGCUGGACAGGGUCGUGGACACAAAGGAACUUGCUGUGAAGCUGAUGGAGUUGGUGUCAGUAGCACCAGUUGAGGUGCAGCGUGACAUCAUCACCAGUUUACCUGAGAUAUUGGAAGACUCUCAGCACCAUGACAUAGCCAGGGAGCUCAAUGCUUUGCUUCAGGAGAACACUCAGCUAACGGUUCCCAUCCUGGAUGCCCUCUCCAGUCUAAACCUCUCGUCCUCAUUACUGACGGAGGUCCGAGAGGCGGUUAUGGCCACACUCGCUGCUGUCCAGCUGGAAGACCUACCCGUUGUGGUGAAGUUCAUCCUGCAUUCUGUCUCAGCUUCGAAUGCAUAUGAAGUGGUGAGCAAUCUGCGUCAAAAGCUGGAACUGGAGCAGUGCGUUCUUCCUCCGGUGCUGCAGGCCUCACAGAGCCGCAUGAAAAGCAAAUCAUCAGCAGGAUCUGCUUCUACAGCUGCUCCUGGCAACAGUCAGGACAGCGUUACGUUGGUACUUGACUGCAUCAAGUCAGCAGUCCGGUUCCAGAAAACUAUUUCUGAGGCUUGGCUCAAGUCAAUUGAGUCGGUGGGUGAUAUUGAGGACCACAAGGUUUUAGAUCUGCUGGUGCUCUUCAUCCUGCACUGCACCAACGCCAACCAGAGCCGCCGGGGCGCCGAGAGAGUUCUGAAGCUCAAAGUGAGGACUGGACUCAUGCAGGAGGCUCUGCUGCAGAAAACCUUCAGGGACUACUCUCAGGUCAUGCGAGGGUACUUCCCCUCAAUCCUGGCUCUUGCUCAGAGUUUGGUGCGCUCCCCUGAUCCCUGCGUGGUGCCUUUUGGUGGGCAAAUGUACCGCCACUCUUUCACUGCAUUUGACUCUUACUGCCAGCAGGAGGUUGUUGGCUCUCUUGUGACCCAUGUGUGCAGUGGUGUCAGUGGGGAGGUAGACGUGGCCCUGGAGCUGCUCUUCAGUCUUGUAAUGGAAAAACCCUCAGAAAUGGCUCUCUAUGCUGUUUUUGUGAAGGGGAUCUUGGACUACAUGGACAAUCUCACACCACAGCAGAUCAGAAGACUCUUCCACCUUCUGAGCAGACUGGCAUUUGGGCAACAGCAGCAAGGAUCUCACAUCCAGGACGACAUGCACAUAGUGAUCCGUAAGCAGCUCUCCAGCACUGUGCCAAAGUACAAGCGUAUAGGCAUCAUUGGCGCUGUGAUGAUUGUCGGCAGCAUGGGAGCCUUGAGACCUAAAGGAAAGGAAUCACAGAGCAGCUCUCUUUCCCAGGAAACAUUAAGACAGGUGACGGCUCUGCUGGAGCUGGUGAAGUCGAGCAGUGAAAGCUCUCCUGAGGCAGCGGCUCUGUACUGCGAUGAACUGGCCAACCUGAUCUGGAGUUCUGCACUGGACCCACAGGUGGAGGAAAUGAUUGGAAUGAGUGUCCUGGAUGACUUCCAGGAUGACUUUGUAGUGGACCUUGGACCAGAUAUAGCAGGAUCUUUUAUCUUUCCAGCCUGUGCCAUGUACAACCUUGAGGAGGAUGAGAGUCAGGGAGGUAUCGCCAUCAACCUGUUGCCUCUGCUGGCCAAAGAAACCCAAAAUAAAGGAGAGCAGCAAUCUCAAAUUGGGAAACAGAAGCAACAAAAGCGGGUGUCCCCUCUCUGUUUAUCUCCCUUUUUCCGCCUAUUGAGGCUUUGUGAAGAGAAACGGCAUCAGGGAGAUCUAGAAGAGAUCGAUGCCCUCGUGGGAUGUCCUCUGAUCCUGACAAACAUGGAUGUAGUGGACAAAGUUGACAGCCUGUCAAAAGCUGAGAGGGAGUUCAUCUGUACUUUGCUCUUUCACACGAUCAACUGGUUCAGAGAGGUCGUGAAUGCAUUCUGCAAACAGAAAGAAACGGAGAUGAAGAUGAAGGUGAUGACUCGCCUGCAGAACAUCACUUUUCUGCAGACACUGUUGGAGAGGGCUCUCGCAGGAACUACUGGUUACAUGCCACCUGUUUCAAACUUUGAUGGAGAAACUACAGAUGGGAUAAGUUUUGGUGUUCCUGUGAGCAAGGGAAAGAAAGAUGGAACGGGGAAAAAGAGAAAGGCUCCUGGUAAGAAUGCCCCAGAAGGCGUCUCUCAGCCUGAGGAGGCGACUGAAGCAGAUGAAACUCAGCAGGAGCAACCAGAAAAGGAGAAGGAAAAAGAGAACCGGCUCGGUGUCAGUUUGACAGCUUACAGGCCGUUUUUCAGAGAGCUGGACAUGGAGGUGCUCAGUGUUCUGCAGUGUGGUUUGUUGUCACGCUCGCUGCUGGACUCAGAGCUCCACACUAAGGUUCAAGAGGAGGUCGUGUUGGGCCCCACUGAGCUGGUCUUCCUGCUGGAGGAUAUGCAGCACAAACUGGAGUUCAGUCUCACUGCCGCUCCAGCAAAGAGAGCUCCGUUCCUCAAGAUGAGGGCGGAUAAAACUGUGGGAUUCUCACAUCUGCAACAGAGGAGUACAAAAGACAUUGCCUCGUACUGUGUCCAGCUGUUGCCCGCCCUCUGUUCACAUCUGGAAAACUGCCAUAAUCACUUUCAGACUCUGCUGUCUGAGAACAAUGGCGUUGUGGACGGACCUUCAACAGAUGUGGAGGAGCACCAGGUAAUGUCAUCAGGUUACCAGCUGCUCCUGCAAGUCAUAAACACCACCUUCAGUUGGUCUGGAUUCAGCCAGCCGGGACAGCGGAGCUUGUUGAAGAAAGCGCUGGGACUUUUAGCUGGACGGCUUAAAGAAGGAGGUCCUGAACUGACCCUGGAACAGCUUGUCAAGCACAGUUUUGAGUACCUGCUGAACUUCCGCAGUACGAUGCCGAGCCUGAGCACAGCUCUGUGUCUCUCCCAGCUUCUGUCAACUGUUUCGGAGAAGGGAGGAAACCCUGGCGCUUAUAGAGAGCAGACUGCUUCCCUGGCGCGCCGUUUCCUGAACCAAAGUUGGGUGACAGCUAGCGGAGAGAAAGAGCGAGGCAGCAAAUUCAAUGAGGCACUUCACACACUCCUUAGCAUCUACCUUGAGCAUGUCGACGAUGUUUUGAAGGCAGUGGAGGAAAUAGCCGGAGAAGGAAUCACCGAGCUGAUCAACACAUCCAAAGAUGAAAGCUCUGCUUCCUGGCCCACUCUGAACAGACAAACGUUCCUGGUUUUCUACAAAGUUUUGAUGGCCGAGCUGGAGAAAGCUGCCAGGAGGAUUCCUGCUGGUAAAAUGAGCGACAACUCUGAGGCUCAAAGUGAGAAGCUGCUGACAUGGAACCUGGCUGUCAGAGACUUUCACAUCCUAGUCAACCUGGUGAAGGUGUUUGAUUCCAGGCCAGUCCUUAAUGUGUCCUUAAAGUAUGGACGACUUUUUCUGGAGUCUUUUCUGAAGUUGGGAAUGCCACUGCUAGACUAUAGUUUCAAGAGGCACAAGGAGGAUGUCCAGAGUUUGCUGAAGACCUUCCAGCUUAGCACUCGACAGCUCCACCACAUGUGUGGACAUUCCAAGAUUCACCAGGACACCAGCCUAACUAACCAUGUGCCAGCUGUGAAGAAGAGCCUGGAGCUGUUUGUGUACAGAGUGAAGGCCAUGCUGACACUCAACAACUGCCAGGAGGCCUUCUGGAUGGGAAACCUGAAGAAUAGGAACUUAAAGGGUGAAGAGAUUCUUUCUCAGAGAUCACAAGGGAGUGAUGACGACGAUGAAGAGGAGGAGGGGGAUCAGGAAUUACCGCCACCACAGGAACAGUCAGAUGACGAGGACCAGGAAGCUGAUUCUGAGGAAAACAGUAGGAUCAGCAGAAAGGAGGACAGUACAGAAGAUUCUGAUUAAAACUUAAAUAUGUAAACAUUUAUUUUAUUUCAUUUUAAAAAAUGGAAUUUACAGAUUAAUCUUUGUUUCUGUGUUUAAUAGAUUUAAUAGUAAUAUUUGUGCUAUUAAAUGCUAAUUGGCCAAUAUUUAAUCAUAGUCUGUUUAUGUUUAGGCAUUAAAAUAAAAAAUACUGGAGACUUUAAAGGAUUCAUGGGAUGUAUUUUUGCAUCUUAACGUGCCUUAUAAAGGACUACUGUCACUGUAUGUUCUCAAUAAAAUCUUCUAUUUGUCAGCCAAUAAAUAAUAGAUUACUUUGAUCACAAUAA